AUGGCCAAGUUUACAGGUAUCAAUUAAUGUUAUAACCGUUAUAACCAAGAAAUAAACUAAAUAUAGCAUAUUUAGGUUUUAGGUGAGAUCAUUAAUUUAAAAAUCGUGUAAUAGAUUAGAGCGAGUACUUAGGAAAGUGUGGCCAAUUAGCUAACUGUUAAGCUAAAUACAUUGGCACUAAAAUAGAUAUUAUUAUUAUUAUUAUUAUUAUUAUUAGACUUCUGUACAUGCAUGUCUCUAAAAAGUAGUUUAAAGUAGGCAAAUGCGUCGCUCGUGUCGCAUGUUUAUUCCAUUUUUACUCGCGUUUUAUUAUUAAGUAUAGAAAGAGAUCCGGUGCCUCACUCAAAUUUUUAUCCUUUUGUAGGAUUUGAUAACACAUGCGACCUAUCAGCAGUCCUGGGGAUUCUGGAGAGGGCGUCUGUUUUUCACAAUCAUGUCAAGACCAAUGCCAAGGAUAUGCGAUCUAAUGUGAGAAAUGAGUGGGGACACUGUAACUUUGACCACUGGACGGAUGUGAAGUUUCUACGUUGCUUUCAGGUGAUGGAAACAAUGGUUCGUUCAUUGGGGCUUCCAAAGGCUGAUGAAAAGAAAACUCUUGGCGAAAUUAGUGACUGGGAAAAGAAGGGUACGUAAUAUAAAAGUUGCUGUUUAGGGUAUUUCCACCGCAGUUACAAGUUUCAAUUUCCUUCAUUUUCCUCAAACACAUAGCAAAUUAACACAAAGGGCUGUAAUUUCUACGAAGGAAUCUGCCCGUCUGAUAAUCAGGUUGUAAAACUAGGUAAAAGAGAAGUAUAAGGACUUGAUUUUCCUGUUCCGUUGCUUAUAUUUGACAUGUCAUCCAAUUGGAAGUUCAUUGCUGCAGUACCCAUGAAAAAGGGAAAUGUAGGGCGCGAUCCAUUCAACCAAACUUCCAACCGGUCUGACCGGGAAAAGUGGUCCACCUCAAAAAGUGGACCCGUUUUUUCGAAACUUUUCCGGUUGGACCGAACCGAUCCAUUGAGUUUUGGACCGACACUUCGGGAAAUUUUGGUUGAAUGGAUCGCGCCCGUACAGUACUUAUUUACUAUGGGGUCAUUCUUGACAGGUUUGAACCUGUGCAUGGGCUGCCCGGUGGAUAACGAUUUGAUGACGCUUAUCAGCGUCGAAGUUACCAACUUAGAAAACGAAGUGGCAAAUAUAAAGCAGUACAGCAGUGAUGAGGCCAACAAAAUAACUGCUGCUCUUCAAACAACCAGAGACGAAGUUGAUAAAGUUCACGAGCGUAUAACUGACAUUGAGAAGCAAAUGGAGACAGACCGAAAAGAACGGCUUGAAAAACAGGAAGCCUUGUCGAGUGACAUUGAAGAUAUUUCUAACUCGUUAGCAAAAUUAGAUAAACGCGUAGAUAUUAAUAAAGAGGACAUCUCUCAGUUGAAAGAAAAACAAAGCGAUUUAAACACUACGGUAUCGUCUAUAACAGACGAUCAAGCUCGUCUAACUGAAGACAUGGGGGCUUUAAAAAUGGACCACAGUCACUUGGAUGCUAGGGUUAAAGCGCUAGAAGAUGGCAGUUUUAAGACUACAAAUGCAAAAAUUUUUCAAGUGCCGAGCCGGAAUCGUUGCUUUUUGUGGUCGCGUUAG